CGCAUGCGCACAACUACGGAUCAUGUUAAAGGACCCUCAGUGAGAAACUUGGAAGGAUUUACAAGUUACCAACCUCGCUUUUCACUUGUCAUCUGACGGUCACUUGGUUGCGAGCCUGGAGAGGAGGGGAAUAUAAACGGGAUACAAAUGCGGCUGAAAGACCCCUUCUCUUUAAAAACCGCAGACAUGACCAAGCGGUCCAACAAGCCAAAGAAGCCUCGUGAUGAAGAUUCGUCCGAUGAGGUUGGCGGGCUGACGUGUCAGCAUGUGAGCAGGGCUGUGGAUCUCAGUUCAGUGAAGAAAGCGGUGACAGGCAGCCUGUGGUCGGUUUGCAAUGAAUGCCUCAAAGAAAGGAAGAUGUUUGAGGGGGAGUCUGGAGGAGCACAUGACAUCCUUGUGUGUCUCAAGUGUGGGUUCCAGGGAUGUAACCAUGCAGAAACUCAGCAUUCCACAAAACACCAGCAAGCCCAUCACUCGGAUUCUCACUGUAUCACCAUCAGCCUCAGUACAUGGAAGGCCUGGUGUUUUGAAUGUCAGGAAGAGCUGUCCACUCACUGCAAUAGGAAGGCUCUCGCUCAGACUCUAGACUUCCUCCAGAAGCACUCCGUGAAGGCCACCUCAGGAUCGACUUCUAAAAUCAUCAAGCUCAGAGAGGAAGCCACAGAGUAUGUUGAACAGAGAGGAAAGAGUCCAGCAAACAGCACACUAAUACCCGUCAAGGGCAUCAGCAACCUGGGCAACACUUGCUUCUUUAAUGCUGUGAUGCAGAAUCUCUCUCAGACUCACAUGCUGAAUGACCUGAUUCAAGAUGUCAAGGAGAAAGGACAUAAAAUAAAGAUCUGCCCCUCUGCUGAAAAUAACUUGGGCCCACUAACUGUGACAUUGCCCAGUCCUGAGCCCCUCACCUCAGCCAUGUUCCUGUUCCUUCAAAGCAUUAAGGAGCCUGGCAAAGGACCCAUCUCCCCCAAGAUCCUUUUCAACCAACUCUGUCAGAAGGCUCCUCGAUUUAAAGGUUACCAGCAACAGGACAGUCAGGAGUUGUUGCACUACCUUUUGGACUCGGUGAGAGUCGAGGAGACCAAGCGGAUUAAAGCAGGCAUACUCAAAGCCUUUAACAACCCCACUGAGAAGACGGCUGACGAGGAGACAAAACGACAAGUGAAGGCGUAUGGGAAGGAAGGAGUAAAAAUGAAUUUUGUUGAUCGCAUUUUCGUUGGAGAGCUAACCAGCACCAUAAUGUGUGAAGAGUGUGAACACAUUUCUACUGUGAAGGAAGCCUUUAUUGACAUCUCACUUCCCAUUAUAGAGGAAAGGAUGUCCAAGCCCACAAACCCGGGCAGAUUGGGGAAGAGUGGACGAGAACAAGAUGCUCUGGUCAGCCAGGGUGAUGACACUUCUCAUUCACAGACCAAUAGAAACAAUAGAAAGAUGAGUGGACAGAAACCACAGAGUCGACAUUCGUCCACGUCUCACGAUGACAGGGGAGCAGACUCUGUAUCUAGCCGACAAGAGGAAGAGCUCUGUGUGGCUGGACGUGGCCUAGCCAGUUUCCCAGUGUCUGACACAAUGGGCAGCCUAUCAGACUGCAGCGAGAAGGAUUCAAACUUACAGGACAGCAGUAAUGAUGCAGACAGCGAGGCCUCUGAAAGUGAAUGGUCCCCUCGAAUCCCAUCCACACCCGGUCACAGUAGCACCUCUGAUAAAGCCUCUGCGACUACACCCACAGCAACGCACAAUCCAAAGCCCAACCUGAGCCCGGGCUCGACUCCCUUACCCUCACUUAGACCUCAUCAGGGCGGUGCCGUAGAGCAGCUUGUCAGCGCCGUGUCCAAGCUGGGCCUGGUGCACACUUCCACUGACACUUUACCGGUCAGUCACAGCCCUGAUGAGCAGGCCGAGAACCGGGAAAGGGAGAAGGAUCGGCAACUCCAUCAAGGGGCCUUUCAAGCCCUUUGUCACAGCUACACACCCAGUUCAAAAGAAUGCUCUGUACAAUCUUGUCUACACCAGUUUACCUCUGUUGAGCUGCUAAUGGGCAACAACAAACUGCUUUGUGAAAACUGCACCGAGAGGAGGCAGAGACAGAUGAAGAGAAGUAGUGCUGCAGAUAAAAGGUCUGAGAAGGUCUACACCAGUGCCCGUAAACAGAUGCUCAUCUCCGCUCUUCCUCCAGUGGUCACGCUCCACCUGAAACGCUUUCACCAGGCUGGGAUGAAUCUGAGGAAAGUUAAUAGACAUGUGGAUUUUCCUCUCAUUUUGGACCUGGCACCUUUUUGUUCUGCCACUUGCAAGAACCUUGGGUCGGGGGAGCGUGUGCUUUACAGCUUGUAUGGCAUUGUGGAACACAGCGGAUCGAUGCGAGGGGGGCACUACGCCGCCUAUGUGAAGGUCCGCACCCCUCAGCGCAGAACUGAGCCGCGAAGAAACCAGUCAGGUCCCAGAGAGGCCAGUUCAGCUCCACAGGGUCAGUGGGUUUAUGUUAGCGACACCAAUGUACAGACUGUACCGGAAUCCAGAGUGCUUAACUCUCAAGCUUAUUUACUCUUCUAUGAAGAAAUGCUGUAGAGCCGGAUUGUGUUAAUAUGUUCCGGAUGAAUGCUGGCAAUAUCAGCCUGGACAACACCUGGGACUUACUGCAUGCCCUGUACACCUGGAUUUUAAUAUAAGAGGGAUUCUAUAUACUGUACUGAAUACAUGCUUGGACAUUAAGCCCCAGGUCUUAUUCAUUGCUCAAAUAUAUUCUGAAUUUGGAUUGGACAAUGGUGAGGAGGGGUAUUACUUGAUAUAAAAUAAUAUUCUGAAUUUAAGUUAUUUUUUUUGAUUGUCAAAAGUUUAUUUUGCCACAGGGUCAGUGUAUAGGAUGUAUAUUAUAAGAGGGAAAUAGGACGAAUGUGCUUUGUGCCAUAAGAAUAUCUACCCUCUUUUGUGAAAGGAAAAAUAAGCGCAGAAUGCUUGAAACGGUUUAGAUCUAUAAAAAAAUUCUGCACUGGAUUACAUCAUUACACAAACAUAAAUGCAUUCAGGUGUAUUUAUAUACUACAUUUAUUAAGUAGUUUGGUUACCCUGUAAUAAAUUGUAAUUUAAUA